AUGACUUAUGUUAUACCGGCCGUCACACUUUUAGAAAGAAACCUUUUUCUUACUGUUUACAUUUAUUUAGGAUGGAUAACAACAGGAAGCAUGAGUAUCGCACGCGAUUCACAUACAGCGGUCUUAUUAUUCGAUGGAACUUUGUUGAUUAUUAGUGGAUCUAGUUCAGGUUUUGCCAGUCUUACUGAAUCGUAUAAUCCAGGAACAGGCACUUGGACAUCAAAAGCUCCUAUUAGUAUUCCACGAUGGCUUCACACAGGAUCGUUACUACUAGAUGCAACGGUGUUAAUUACUGGUGGACGAGGCAGCAGUGACUAUCUCAAUAUUGUUGAAGUGUAUAAUCCAUGGGCAAAUACUUGGACCCCAAGAGCAAAUAUGAAUAUGGCGCGAUCGAGUCAUGCUGCAUCAACAUUAUCAAAUGGACAAAUACUCAUUAUAGGUGGAGUAGGUAACAGUGGUAAUCUCGAUAGCGUUGAGCUGUAUGAUCCAGCAGCAAAUACAUGGUCAAUCAAAGCAAGCCUGCCAAGCGCACGAUUCGAACAUGUGGCAGUCACGUUAUCGGAUGGAACAAUACUGGUUGUCGGUGGGCAAGAUAGUAGUAACUUUCUCAAUGAUGUUAACCUGUAUGAUCCUUCAACAAAUACAUGGUCAACGAAACAAAGUAUGAAUGUUCGGCGAACUCGGCACGCGGUAUCCAUCCUACCAAGUAAAAAUAUAUUAGUUUCUGGCGGCAGAAAUAGUGGUGGUUAUAUUAAAAGCGCUGAGAUAUACGAUCCAACGGCGAACACACGGACGUUAAUUCCAAGCAUGAAUUCCAUACGAGGAGGACAUUCAGCAACCACACUAUUGAAUGGGCGAGUUUUGGUUGCUGGAGGAUUUACUGGUUCUGUCUCUCUCAAUACUGCUGAAUUGUACUAA